CCAUCCUGAGCUCGAGGAGCAUCGCUUCGACUGUCACGGGGCAGCCCUGUCCCCAUACCAUCGCUUCCCCAGCGGGGUGUGAGAUGCAGCCAGGCGGGGUGUGAGGCACUGCCGGGGCUCGUCCCCAGGGAAGCCGAGCCGAAAACGUCCCUUGGAGCUGGAGCCCUGACCUGCGCAAUGCUGAGCCUCAAGUUACCCCGGCUGCUUAGCAUCAACCAAGUGCCUAAGGGGUACCAGGAGCAGGGGAUCCUCUUUGGGUAUCGCCCCCCCCGAAGCUCGGCAGCAGACUGCCUCCUCAGCGUCUUCCAAAUGACGAAUGAGACCCUAAAUAUCUGGACGCAUUUUGUGCCUGCCUGGUACUUCUUGUGGACCCUGGUGGGGCGGCUGCGGGGACCGGGGGGCCGGGAGGACCCCCACGCCUGGCCCCUCCUCGCCUACCUGCUGACCUGCUGCAUCUACCCCCUCGCCUCCAGCUGCGCCCACACCUUCAGCACCAUGUCCACCCGCGCCCGGCACAUCUGCUACUUCUUCGAUUACGCGGCUCUCAGCAUGUACAGCUUGGGGUCUGCGCUGGCAUACUCGGCAUACAUUUUCCCAGCAGAAUGGGUCAACAGCACUUUCCACCACUGCUACAUCCCCAUUGCGGUAUUUAACACUGUCGUUAGCACCAGUCUGUCCUGCUAUUCCAGGUUUCUGGAGGUGGAGCGGCCCAGGUUCAGCAAGGCUUCCCGCACCCUGGCCUUUGUGUACCCGUACCUCUUCGACAGCAUCCCUCUCUUCUACAGGUUCUACUUGUGCACAGCAGAGAGCUGCACGGAGGCUGCGAUCCUGGUCCACUACAAGCACACCAUCUUUGCCUUCCUCACUUGCUUCAUCUUCGCUAGCCAUCUGCCAGAGAGACUUGCGCCAGGACACUUUGAUUAUAUUGGGCACAGCCACCAAGUUUUCCACGUCUGUGGGAUUGUCGGCACGCACUUCCAGAUGGAGGCCAUCAUGAUGGACAUGGCUGAGCGCCACGACCGGCUCCUGCCCACCUCGCUGCUUCCCUCCUCCCUGCAGACCCUUGGGUCGAUGGGCAUCUGCAUGGCUGCGAGCCUGGCUGUUAUUGGGCUCUGCUCGAUGUCCCUGAGCUUCAUGCCAGAGCCUCAGCACAGAGAAAAACCACAUGGGCAUUAGGCUUCAGGUCUAGAUAGUAUUUAUGCUGCUCCACGGGAGACACCCUAAACAAUACAUGUAUGGUAUGGAUGAGGAAGAGUUUAUUUGCCUACGCUCUCUGAGAAAAUGCUUAUUUAAAAUUUUCUCAAGAGCGAAACAUAUUGCACUGGUUUUUGUACAUACAGCUUUAAAGCUGGGAACAGAUUACGAAAUGCUUUUAGUAGAGUUGCUAUUUCACCACAAGAAAUAUUUAAAAUAAUCUUAACUUUUUCUGUAAAAGGGAGAGAAGUGCUAAUACUUUCCAAAGCAAUAGGCAUUCAUCAGGUCUGCCUUACGGAGGAGUCGGGGAGGCAAGUGAAUGUGGAUAACACCAGUCAUCUGGUGACACAGAUGUCCUUGUCAUCAGUUUAGACCAAUAGCCAAGACUCCUUGGCAAAGGCACGAGCAAGGGCUCUCCCAGGGGCUCCCUGACUAAGGUUUUCACCUUGAAAGUGACAUUAUUUUGGAGAUUAAAACCUCAAAUAUCCAUUUAACACAGCCUUACACUAAACCCAAGUGCCUGACAGAUGUGGGAUUGAGAGACUAGAGUUUGCCUACAUUUUAAAUUCAGCUAUUUUUAAUCAUUACCCAGAGAGAAUUAUUCUGGAACUCUCCGUGGGACAUUCCUCCAGAAUAGCUUUUUUUUUUGACCAAUUCUGGUGCAUAGGUAAGUCCUGGGAAAUUAAUUCCCAUGGGAGAGCUGAGCUCCCGCCUGUGUGGGCGAUGUGACUGCCCGGCAGCUGAUGCAGCCCCAAGCACAGAGCAUGGGGGGCACCAUCCAUUCCUCCUUGCACUGGACACCUCCGUCCCGUACUCACAGCUGGGCUCUUUCUCUAAUCUCAUUUGUGGCAUCAAAGGUAAAUGGAGGAAGAAAUACCUGCACCUGCCAGGUGACAACACGGGCUUCCUUACAAGCACUGUUUGGUACCGAGUGUUUAACACGUGUGUGAAGCUGCCUGCAGGCAGCUGCGCUGUUCAGAAAAGGUGUUUGACACCGUGUUGAGGGCGAUGGCUGAGAAAUUCAUGACUGCCAUGUCAGGACAUCCUCUCCUGGGUGUUUCUGGAGGCAGGAUACUGGGCUAGAUGGACCCUUGGUCUGAAGGUGUGACUGAUGGUAGAGCCAUCACCUCUGAACCUCUCUAGCUUCUGGUCCCACUCGCAUUGAAGAAUGUUUUUCUUUUCAUAAGGGAAUAGGAUGGGGGUGUCUGGGGAGAAUAAAACAUCAGCUGAGCAAGAAGUGGGAGUCUGUACAGCGUAGAGAUGUGAGCAUUGUUGGAUGAAAGGCAGGAGUUAGAACAGCUGAGCUGGUAAUGCACAGGGGACCAAAACCUGUAAUUUUAAAGCAUUUCCAGAGUUAGACCUCUGCUUACCCAGCAAUAGCCCUGUGCUCUGGCAGUUGCUCGUCGCUUCCCUUUGCUGCUGCACCUAGAUUUUACAGGCAGAAGCAGAGAGCCCUGGAGAGAGCCCGGAGGUCUCAGCCUGGUCCGGGCAAGGGGGAGGCAGCCCACGGGGAGAGCUCAGCUGGUGGCUCCAGCGACGGAGGUUGUCAUGUUGGAUUUACCUAACGCCGUGCAGGAGGUACAGGAACAUGUGAUGCAAAGAUUACUGCUAGGGAAUAUUAUCAAGCUUCUUGAUAAUCAUACGGGUGUAUAAUUUGUUUUGUGUAUAAUUGCCUCUAUCAAGGUAUAAUUGAUGCACUUUUGAGUGACAAUACAAUGGCUCGUUAAAUAUAUUAUGGGACAAAUAAGUCUUUCAAAAAAUAGCUUUCUUUUGAAAGCUGACCAAGAUUUAUAUUAAUAUUUAUAAGCACUGGAACAUAAUUGUUUAUUCAACAGUUUUAUUUCAUUAAAAGAGAAAACUAAUAUAACUAUCGCACUGAUAUAUGCUAACCUGAUUUGUAUAGUUUCAUAAAAAUACCGUCUGUGAAAAUGAAUCACUUCAGAGAUAAUUGCUAAUAAUUGCAAAGCUUAUUUACCUUGUGUACUCAUGUGACCGGAAAGGAAUCUGGCUCUGCACGCAAGACAUGAUUUAAGAGUCUAUAAAAUUUACAUGAAUCAUUAUGCAUUUUUUCUUAGUCAUUUAACUUCUGAAUUUGGGAAGUCCUCUCAUCCUCUUUGGGUGAAAUUAUUUGUAGUAAAACUACAUUAAAAAAACCCCCACCAUAUUAUAGACUACCAUAAUCCCUCUGGAUCCUGCAGCGCUGUGCAUGGACCCUUUGUCUGGCAUGUACGUUAUGCACUGAAUGAGUGAAUGUUUGAUCUUGAAGCAGCACAGGUCAGCCAGAUUUCUUCUUCAGCUGGAGACAGACCUCCAAAAAGCUAUUCAAUGUACUAAAUUUUAUGCACAUAAAAAAUAAAAAAUCUGUGUCAAAUUGUUACAAGUAAAUAAUACAGGAUAUUUAUUUGCUGGAA